AUGUAUGCGAUGUGGAGACUGCAAGUCGCCUUAUGUACUCUGUCGGUGCUGUCCCUGUCAUCCGGUGGUGAAAGCAAAGCGCGGAGCUGUAGCGAGGUUAGACAAGCUUAUAACGCUAAAGGAUACAGCCUCGUCAAUGUACCUCAUCAGGAAAUAUCAGGUGAGCACCUGCGUGUCUGUCCUCAGGGAUACACCUGCUGCACGUCAGAGAUGGAGGACAAACUUAACCAGCAGAGCAAACUGGAGUUUGAGAACUUGGUUGAGGAGAGCAGCCAUAAAAUGAGAACGACAUUUGUCUCCAGGCAUAAAAAGUUUGAUGAGUUUUUCUUGGAACUGCUGGACAAUUCCGAGAAGUCUCUCAACAGUAUGUUCACACGGACAUACGGGAAGCUGUAUAUGCAGAACUCUGAAGUAUUCCAGGACCUGUUCACUGAGCUAAAGCGCUACUACACGGGAGGCAACGUCAACUUGGAAGAGAUGCUGAAUGACUUCUGGUCCAGGCUGCUGGAACGCAUGUUCCAGUUACUUAACUCCCAGUACCACUUUACAGAUGACUACCUGGAGUGCGUCAGUAAAUACACAGAUCAGCUUAAGCCUUUUGGAGAUGUUCCCAGAAAACUUAAGGCCCAGGUCACCAGAGCGUUCAUCGCCGCACGAACAUUUGUCCAGGGGCUAAUGGUGGGUCGGGAGGUUGCCAACAGGGUUGCUAAGGUGAAUGUAGUUCCAGCAUGCGUUAAAGCCUUGACCAGGAUGCUGUACUGUCCAUACUGUCGUGGAAUGCCGGUGAAACCCUGUCCCAACUACUGCCACAACGUUAUGAGAGGCUGUCGCAACCAGGCAGACCUAGACGCUGAAUGGAACCUCUUUAUUGAUGCCAUGUUGCUGGUGGCAGACAGGCUGCAAGGCCCCUUCAAUAUUGAAGCAGUUAUACAACCAAUUGACAUCAAGAUCUCUGAGGCUAUUAUGACUAUGCAGGACAACAGCAUGCAAGUAUCAGCCAAGGUUUUUCAAGGGUGUGGCCAACCAAAGCCAUCAGGAAUAGGCAGGUCUGCCCGGGGCAUCUCAGAUGUGUUCAGUGCUCGUUUCAGGCCCUACACCCCUGAAGAGAGAACCAACCCAGCAGCUGGAACAAGCCUGGAUAGACUGAGGGCUGUCUGGAGGACAAUGCAACACAGUGUGAGUGACAUUAAAGAGAAGCUUAAGGAGUCCAAAAGGUUCUGGUCCAACUUGCCAGAUGACAUCUGUGCCAAGGGCAAACUCACAGAGUCUGAUGAAGAGCAGUGCUGGAACAGCCACACUAAGGGCAGAUAUUUCCCUGAAGUGGUGAAGGAGGGUCUGACCAACCAGGUAAACAACCCAGAGGUGGAAGUGGAUAUCACCAGGCCUGACACACUGAUUCGGCAACAGAUCAUGGCGUUGCGUGUCAUGACCAACAAGCUAAAGAAUGCCUACAAUGGAAAUGACAUCUACUUCCAGGACUCCAGUGACGAGGGCAGCACCUCCGGCAGUGGCAGCGGUUGCUCUGACGGCUGCACAACAGAGUUCAGUUUUGUUGGAACAGAGGCUCCUGUGAUCGGAGCUGACAGGAGCGAUGAACGCGCAGCAGCCGCAGGCAAGUCAAUUUCCUGCAGACCCUCCACACUGCUGCUGAUGGCUGCCCUCACACUCCCGCUUUGGGCAAUGCAGACUCAAUGGAGAUAAUACACUGUGGCCUGUAUUAUCGCUGACUUUGUUUUACUGUUACAUAACAGUAUGUUUAACAGCAAGUUGUACUGCUGUUCCCUCACUGGACAUGUAGAACCUCUUGGAAACCUGUUGAGAGUGGCUUACUGUAUGGUACUGUAUGGUAGGCUUGAAAGUGAGUGCAGUGCUGCAUCCCGCUUGUCCCCACCCCCACUCCAAACCACCCCCCAAAGAAUGCUUGGUGCCAUCAGUGAACCAGUUUUCACGUCUCUGAAAAUAAAGAAAAUGUGUUUUCUCAUUAUUCUAAAGUGAGUUUUGGAAAAACAUGCUUCUCUUUAAAGAAAUGAAACCCUCUAAAUAUGGUUCUGUCAGUGAUUUUUUCAGAUAAAAGGGAAUCUAUUUUUCUUUUCCUUUGUAUGAUGAAUGGAGAAAAUGAGACAACACCUAUUUUAUCCUAUUAGUCUUCUCCCCAAAAGGAAAAC